AUAAGGAAUCCUGGCUUUGGAGCUUAGGAACUACAUUACCCAGAAGGCCCCGCAUGGAAUGACAGCAGGGUCAGCCAAUGGAAUCUCAGAGAAGGCAUUUCUGUUUGUCCGCUUACGUAGGGCGGGACCGGUAGUCCUCCCGAGGAGAGGUUCUGUUCUCAGCUUUUUGUCUGAGGCGGCCUGGUUUCCCCUGUCACAGCGUCCUGUGGAGAAGGUGGAGAGUGGUGUUCCCCGCUGCACAGCCUGUGGUCGGAGACUCCCGUGGUGCUCACCGCUCACACGUGGGAUUGAAGCUCGGAGUCACCGCCCGGACCCCCGCCAGGGCGGGGACAGGCCCCGCCAUUCCUGCCGCGGCUGCCGCUCCCGCCGCCUCCGCCCCCCCGCGGCCCACAGAGCGUGAUGGCGGCGCCCGCACUGAGGAGCUUCGCUGAGGUUGGCGUGACCUUUGAAGACAUUGCCCUGUAUUUCUCCAGGGAGGAAUGGAGCCUCCUGGAUGAGGGUCAGAGACAGCUGUACCUGAAUGUGAUGCUGGAGAACUUUGAACUUGUAUCCUCGCUGGGUUGCUGCUGUGGAGCAGAGAAUAUGGAGGCACCCACUAAAGAGAACGUUUCUGUAAGAAUGUCACAGGCAGGGAAUCCAAAGGUAGCCUUGUCUUCCCAGAAGAACCACCCCUGUGAGGGUUGUGGGUUAGUCUUUGGAAACAUUUUUCAUUUGACUGAGCUGCAGGGAACAGAAUAUGAACAGAUACUCUUGAGGUGCAGGGCAUGCACAAACCGAUUUUUCUUCAGUGUAAAUGAUGAAGAGCAGCAUGUGACAGAGAAGACUUCCAUUAGCGGUGUGGACAGGAUCUCACGUGCAAACAGCUACAAUUUCAAUGUGUCCCAGAAUCAUUUCACAUGCAGUUUUGUUGGGCACGGUGUCCUUACUGGGUCCAGACAUUUCCACCUAAAGGCUACUGUGUCCAGGGACAGUCCAAGUGCUGUUUCAAAGUGUGAGAUGAUGUUUCAAAGGAGAAGCAAUUAUUACACCAGAAAAGAAUGUGAGGAAGACAGUAGUUGCAAUCACAAUUUUAUUCCGGAAAAGGAUGUCCAUGCAGAAAGUCAGUGUUUUGUGAGCUCUGAAAGUGGAAAAUAUUUAACCGACUUUUCUAGCUUUCAUGAUCAACAGCGAGAUCACGCAGAAGAGAGACCUUAUCAAUGCAGUGAAUAUGGGAGAGCUUUUAGCUAUAGUCACAGCCUAGGUGAUCAUGAAACUUUGCCCACUGGAGAAAGGCCUUAUGUAAGCAGUGAAUGUGGAUCAGCUUUUGCCAGUAGCAGUGCCCUCCAUUAUGAUCAGAGAGUUCACACAGUGAAACGGGCUUAUGAGUACAAUGAGUGUGGGAAAUACUUUACUGAUAGCAGCAACCUUCAUUGUCAUGAGAGAGGUCACACUGGAGAAAAGCCUUAUAAAUGUGGUAAAUUUGGAAACGCUUCCACUAGAAGCACUAAAGAUUAUUAUCAUCCGAGAGUGCACACUGGAGAAAGGCCUUACCACUGCAGUGAAUGCGGAAAGUUUUUUAUUACUAGCACUGAACUUCAUUGUCAUCAGAAAGUUCACAUUGGAGAAAGGCCCUACCAGUGCAGUGAAUUUAGAAAAGCUUUUACAACUAACUCUCACCUACAUAAUCAUGAAAGAGUUCAUACUGGAGAAAAUCCAUAUAAAUGCAUUGAAUGUGGAAAGUCUUUUACAAGUAGCCCUGGAUAUAAAUAUCAUCAGAGAAUUCACACAGGAGAAAAGCCUUAUCAAUGCAGUGAAUGUGGGAAAUCUUUUGCCACUAGCACUAAUCUUCGUAGUCAUCAGAGAGUUCAUAGAGGAGAAAAGCCUUAUAAAUGCAGUGACUGUGGGAAAUCUUUUAAAUGGAGGACUCCUCUUCGUCGUCAUCAAAGAGUUCACACUGGAGAAAAUCCGUAUCAAUGCAUUGAAUGUGGAAAGUCUUUUACAACUAGCAAUGGUUACCAGUAUCAUCAGAGAGUUCACACAGGAGAAAAGCCUUAUCAAUGCAGUGAAUGUGGCAAAAGUUUCACCUCUAAUACUAACCUUUGUAAACAUCAGAGAGUUCAUACGGGAGAAAAGCCUUAUCAGUGCAGUGAGUGUGAGAAAUCUUUUACCACUCGGAGUCACCUUCGUAGUCAUGGGAGAGUACAUACAGGAGAAAAGCCUUAUAAAUGCAGUGAAUGUGGGAAAUCUUUUACAUGGAGGAGUGGUCUCCAAUAUCAUCAGAGAGUUCACACUGGAGAAAAGCCUUAUAAAUGCAGUGAAUGUGGAAAAUCUUUUAGCCAGAGCACUGCCCUUCAUUGUCAUCAGAGAGUUCACACUGGAGAAAAGCCUUAUAAAUGUUGUGAAUGUGGAAAAUCUUUUACAAGUAGCAGUGGUCUCCAUUAUCAUCAGAGAGUACACUCUGGAGAAAGGCCUUAUGAGUGCAGUGAAUGUGGAAAAUCUUUUAUCACUCAGUUUGAACUUCAUAAUCAUCAGAGAGUUCACACAGGAGAAAAGCCUUAUGAAUGCAGUUACUGUGGAAAAUCUUUUUCACACAGGUCUGUCCUUCGUAGACAUCAGAGAAUUCAUACAGGUGAAAAGCCUUAUAAAUGCAGUGAAUGUGGGAAAUCUUUCACCCAGAGCACUUUCCUUCAUUGGCAUCAGAGACUUCAUACAGGAGAAAAGCCUUAUGAAUGCAGUGACUGUGGGAAAUCUUUUACAAAUAGGCCUGUUCUUCACAAACAUCAGAGACUUCAUACAGGUGAAAAUCCUUAUAAAUGCAGUGAAUGUGGAAAAUCUUUUAUCACUAACAGCUACCUUCGUAGUCAUCAGAGCAUUCACACUGGAGAAAAGCCUUAUAAAUGUAGUGAAUGUGGAAAGUCUUUUAGACGUAGUGUUGGUCUCCGAUAUCAUCAUACAGUGCACACUAGAGAAAGGCCAUAUGAGUGCAAUGAAUGUGGAAAAUCUUUUAUCACUCAGUCUAAACUUAAUAAUCAUCAGAGAGUGCACACAGGAGAGAAACCUUAUGAAUGCAGUGAUUGUGGGAAAUCUUUUACCACUAGCAGUCACUUUCGUCGUCAUGAGAGAGUUCACACAGGAGAAAAGCCUUACAAAUGCAAUGUGUGUGAGAAAUCUUUUACCACUAGUACUCACCUUCACAGUCAUCAGAGAGUUCAUACAGCAGAAACAAUUUACAAGUGCAGUGAAUGUGGGAAAUCUUUUACACAUAGGACUGGUCUUCGUAAUCAUCAGAGAGUUCAUAUAUGAGAAAAGCCUUGUAAAUGCAGUCUUUAAAGAUGGAUGCUUUGAGACAUACAGAUCACUCGAAAGGGGGGGUAGCUGUGAGAACCUCAAGUAUAUCUGGAAGCAAUGUGAAUUUUUUUUCUCGUGUUCAGGGGAUACU